AGAGCGAAUACGACAGCAGGGCAUCGUCAGCUCCUCGGAGUGACAUACUUACUGUUACAAUGAUAUAUGAGAGAAUGUCAUCAGAACUAUGCUAGCCUAGAUCAGUACGAAAGACUGACCGAUCACUGCCAUGGAUACCUUGCCUUAACGUUUCGGUUGGCGUGAUAAGUUGAUGAUGAGUGGGAAAAUGGUUUCGACGGCAUUGCAGAGCAUAACGGGGAGGCGCUGUUGCAAGGGUCCAACUAAAGAUUCACACUAGGUAGUACACUAUAUAAACCACAGGAUACGCAAGUCCAGCUAGGAGGCCAAUAACUCCCAUCGACCUCAGGGUUCAUAUUGCCUGUUCAUCCGGGCUAGGAUACCCCGGAUCUAUCCAGUCUAAGUAAAUCGAUUGAAUGCAGCUUGUAUCAGAUCAAGCUACUGCCAUGACCAUAAUAUGGCCGCUCCUGCAGGCGGCCUUUGGAUUCACUCUCGCUGUGGUGGGAGCAUGGCUAUUGACAUUUGUCUCCAAGUUAUGGCAGACUCGUUCUCAUAUCAGGAGGCUACAAAAAGCCGGCAAGCCCGUUCCUCCUCACAGCUUCCUUAUGGGACAUCUCCUACAAGCAAAAGCCGCAUCAGAAGAGCUUCCGCCGGGGGCACAUAGCGCCUAUGUUCUGACGCGAUUGGCCACCAAGUUCAAGACGGAGGCCUUCUACUUUGAUCCGUGGCCCAUCGCCGAUCCGCUUCUCAGCUUGACGGAUUACCGACUUGCGAAUCAGGCUACUAGUCACGAGUGGACGGGAAGCGUGAAACCACCGACACUAUCGCGAUGGUUCGCACCGAUUUCCGGGCGCGGAGGGUUAAACCUAUUCACGCAGAACGGGGCAGAUUGGAAGCAAGAUCAUGAGAUCUUCUUGCCAUUCUUCAACAAUGCCAACCUCGAUGCUACACUCCCUGCCAUCGUUGAAGAGAUGCUCGUAUUACGUGGUAUCUUGCGGCAAAAGAGUCAACAGAAAGACGUAGUACUUCUGGAGCCUCUUAUGCUCGCUCUAAUGAACGAUGUAAUUGGCCGCGUGGUUUUCAAUGCCGAGUUGAAAAACCAGACUUCAGGCUCUCACCACCCUCUCUCGAAGGCCAUGCUUCGUCAGCUUAGUCUCAAAUUUACCGAGAACGAUGUAGUGGCGAGCCUGACACAAUUGAAUCCUCUUUGGUCAUUGGAGGUUUGGUACAAUGGUCGUGUGCUCGAUAAACAGAUUCGUGCUCAGAUAGAGAAGCGCGCUGCUGUUUUUCAGGCUGAGAAAGGCUCUGAUGACAAAUCUCCCUCAAACGCUAUGUUGGACCGUAUCAUCGCAGACUACUUUUCUCAAUCAAGCCACAAACAAUCAGGUCGUAUAGAUGAAGAGUUCAUGACUAUGUUAUGCGCACAAAUGCGCUUGCUAUUCUUCGCAGGCUACGAUUCGACUUCGAGUACGUUAACGUCCAUGUGCUAUCUAAUAUGGAGACACCCUGAUGUCCUAGCGAAACUGCGCGCUGAGCAUGAUGAGGUAUUCGGCCGAAACACCGAGGCUUGCCCCGCGAAGAUUGUUGAAAAUCCAUCCAUCCUCAACUGUCUCCCUUACACGAAUGCCGUUAUCAAGGAAGUAAUGAGACUUUUCCCGCCGGCCGCCGGGGUGCGCCAGGGCUGCAAAGAGCUGGUGCUUAGGGGAAACGACGGAAUGGAAUAUCCAACUGAGGGGAUUAUCGUACAAAUAAAUCACGUAGCGAUGAUGCGGAAUCCUGCGACCUGGCCGCGCCCCCUAGAAUUCCUACCAGAACGCUUCCUGGUUGGGCCAGAGCACGAACUAUAUCCGCCCAAGGGUGCCUGGCGAGUGUUUGAGAUGGGUCGAAGAGAUUGUACAGGUCAAGCCUUUGUCAUGAAAGAAUUGCGCAUGUUCCUCGCUCUAUUCGCCAGGGAGUUUGACUUCAAGGAGUGUUACGAUGAGGUGUACGCCGGGGAGACAGUCGAUCUCACGCAUGUGUACAACGAGAAAGCAUUUCUGACUGAAUCAGGGUCGGCGCAUCCGAGAGGAAACCUCCCAUGUAGGAUUUCGCUUAGUCACUAUGCAAGUACAAGCGCCUAAUUGCCACAUCAGAGGAAAUGCAGUUUGAUCUUGUUGGCGAAGCUGUAUAUUAGUUUUCAGGCACCAGACGUUGUCCAAUGU